AUGAUCAUUGGUGCAUUUCAAUUUCUUCCUGAUUCAGGGUACCCAACACCUCCCAAUGUGACCAUCAGUAAGAUCAUAUACAGUGGGCGUCAGAGGACAGAUGUCAACGUGGAGUGGUUGGUUCAGGCAUAUGGUGAUGUCACUGGGUUUUUCAUUGAGCGGCAAAAGCUCACUGUUCCUGUAGAGAGAAGUGACAUUGUUCCUGUCUGGGAGAAAGUCACUGAAAAUCUGGAACCCAGCACUCGUAGCUACCAGAUCACAAAUCUUGACCCCAGUACCAUGUAUGCAUUCCGUGUAACACCGGUCAAUCGUCGUACUAUUGGAUAUUCUUCUGAGAUCAAGAGCCCAGUGUCUUCACCUGUGUCCAAACCCUACAUCCUGCUGAGUGACCCGUCACCUGAGGAAGGAGCAUCAUUAUGGAUGUACUGUAGUCUGAAUGAUGGAACAGAUCCCAUACAGUACACAUGGGAGCACGAGAGCCGCAGUGGGCAGGUCACCAUUUUAGCUGAGAGCAGCAGUAGUAAAAUUAACAUCACCUUGAUAACACGCAAUCACACAGGCUGGUUCAGGUGCCUGGCAAAGAAUGAGGUUAAUCAGCAGCACAGUGACCGACUCUGGUUAGACGUUAUAUUUGGACCAGACCUGCCACAGAUUGAUGUAACACCCUACUCAGUAACAAAUCGAGGAUACUCAGCUCUGGAAAGAGAGACUGUUUCCCUCCUAUGUCAAGCCUCAUCCAACCCUCCCAGUGUGUACGUCUGGUUCUACAACAACUCCCAGGUUUACACUGGACCACAACUUACUAUCACUAAAAUCUUUCGAAUGCACACAGGCUACUAUGCCUGUCUGGCCCAGAACACUUACCUGAACACCCGCUCCAAGAAAACCAUCACUCUCACCGUCUACUAUCCACCAGAUGGAAGUCCAUCUUGUUCUGUUCUCCCAGUGAACAACUACACUGACCUAGCUCUGUCCUGUUCAUGGAAGGGAGGUUAUCCUUCACCCACCCUGAACUGGAGUCCAUAUGUAAAUGGAGACAACAGAGAGGAAAUUACUGACAUCACUUGGAUUCAAUCAGGGCCUGAGACAGCUAACAACUCUGUAUUCACCUGCUAUGGCUCGCAUGUUGCGCUAAACGUUCCCCAAACCUGUGUCACUAGAACUUGGAUGCCUUAUGGAGAACCCAAGUGUUCUGCAUAUGCGACACGUAAUAACGAGUUCCUGAUGCUGUCCUGUUCCUGGGAGGGUGGUUUGCCUCGGGCUCUACUGUGGUGGGCUUCUAGCUCGGGAGACAUGCAGGGAACAUCUGAGGACAACUCUAACAUGUUGGUCCUGCGUUCCAGUGCCAUUUACAGCGGCAAAUCAUUUGUUUGUCAUGCCAAACAUCCAUUAGUUAAAGAGAGCAAGCAGUGUGUGCUAAAGUUAGAGGCACCAGUGUUGAUGACUCAACGCAGUGUGGUUUCAGUGUAUGAAGGCAAUGAUGUCCAGCUCACCUGCAUCCUGAGUAAAAACUACCCAGCGGUCACAAAGAUCACCUGGUAUAAUAACUUAAAGCAGAACGUUGGUGAGACACCGAAGAAAUAUGUCCUCGAGCAAGCUGCCGCUUGGUUGAACUUAACUGUAAGAGAAACAGACAGCAAGGUGGACAGUGGACAGUACUGGUGUUCGGCUGCUAAUGCUAUCGGAGGAGCAGAGAUUCCUGUCUUGCUUCUAGUUAUGAGUAAGUAUGCUGAGGGUGCUUGUUCAGGCCUAUUAAUGCCUUAUGAAUUCUCUAUUUAUGAAAUAUGCUUUGAAAUAGUGAGAAACUGA